AUGUCCAAAACAAACCUCCACCUCCAACCCCAAGAAGAAGAACCAGGCCUCUUCAACGCAGCCCCAAGCCUAAACCCACCCCCAACACCAGCAACAAAAGACUACAAACUAAACCACCUAGCCCUACGCAUCCAAGACCCAACCCGCUCCCUAAACUUCUACAUCAACCUCCUAGGCAUGCGCAUAAUCUUCACCAUGAACGCCGGCCCCUUCACAAUCUACUACCUCGGACACCCGCCGCCAUCAGCCAUGACCGAAGACGACAUUACCGCGUGGGCGAACCACGAGCGAAAUCCCCGUUCUGACGAAGACUUGUUCCAUAUGCAUGGUACGGAGAAUGUUGAUGGUGGUGCGGAUGGUGCUGGUGCUAUUUCUACGGGGAAUGUACCCCCGCAUCUUGGAUUCGCGCAUUUGGGGUUCACGGUUCCUGAUGUGUCGGCUGCUGUGCGGAGGUUGCGGGAUGGUGGGGUUAGGAUUCUGAAGGAUGUGGGUGUUUCUUCGAGGGAGGCGGUGCCGCUUUCGGAGUGGGAGGAGGAGAGGGGUAUUGCGCGCGGCGAGAUUCAUGCGAAUUAUGCGUGGUUUUUUGAGAAGUUUGCUAUGGUUGCUGAUCCGGAUGGAUAUACGGUUGAGUUGAUUCCUCAAAAUGUGUGA